AUGAGCAUCAACAAAGAGGAAGUUGAAACUUUCUUGGAUAGCAAUCCAGAUUUUGCUAAGCGGUAUUUUCAGAAGAAACUGGAGGGCAGAGUCUUCAGCGCCAAGAUGAACGGGGAACUGUCCUCAGAAGACAGCAUAGGUUUUGAGGGGAUGGACCCAGUAGAAACAGAAACUCUCUUUGAGCUGAUACAAGACAUGCAGGACAGCAUCAAUAUGGAGAAGGUGGUCUUCAAGACCCUAAAAAAAAUCAGUGCGCUCAUCAAUGCUGAGUGGUGCAGUCUGUUUAUGUACAGGCAGCGAAACGGCACCCCGGAGCUGGCUAGCCGGCUGUUCAACGUUCAUAAAAACAGUACCCUGGAAGAAUGUUUGGUGACCUCUGACUGUGAAAUUGUUUUCCCACUGGACAUAGGUGUAUUGGGGCACGUUGCUCAGACCAAGAAGACCAUCAACAUCAAGAAUGCUCUUGAGUGUCAACAGUUUAGUAAAUUUGUUGAUGAACUGACUGAGUCUACUACGAAGAACAUUCUUGCAACACCAAUAAUGAAUGGCAAAGAUGUGGUUGCUGUGAUCAUGGCCGUGAAUAAGAUUGGAGGUCCUUUUUUCACACGUGCAGAUGAAAAUCUGUUCCUGAAGUAUCUCAAUUUUGCCUCCUUGAACCUGAAAAUUUAUCAUCUAAGCUACCUUCACAAUUGCGAAACACGAAGAGGUCAGGUUUUACUGUGGUCAGCCAACAAAGUAUUUGAGGAACUAACUGACAUCGAAAGACAAUUCCACAAAUCUUUCUACACAGUGAGAGCUUAUUUGAACUGUGACAGGUAUUCAGUAGGUCUUCUGGAUAUGAGUAAGCAAAAGGAAUUUUUUGACUUGUGGCCAGUACUAAUGGGUGAAGUUCCACCUUAUUCAGGACCUCGAACGCCAGAUGGCAGAGAAAUUGUCUUUUACAAGGUUAUUGAUUAUAUUUUACAUGGAAAGGAAGAGAUUAAAGUUAUCCCAAAUCCCAAGGAAGAUCACUGGGCAUUGAGUAGUGGCCUCCCUACUUAUGUAGCAGAAACUGGUUUUAUUUGCAAUAUUAUGCAUGUAGAAGCGGAUGAAAUGUUUACAUUUCAGAAAGGUCCUGUUGAUGACUCAGGAUGGACCAUCAAAAAUGUUCUUUCAAUGCCAAUCGUCAACAAAAAAGAAGAAAUUGUAGGUGUUGCUACAUUUUACAAUAGAAAAGAUGGGAAGCCCUUUGAUGAACAGGAUGAAACACUAAUGGAGUCCUUAACACAGUUUCUGGGCUGGUCUGUGCUCAAUACUGAUACUUAUGAUAAGAUGAAUAAACUGGAGAAUAGAAAGGACAUUGCACGGGAUAUGGUGCUUUACCACGUACGAUGUGACCAGGAUGAACUUCAAGAGCUCUUGCCAACACAAGAGAGGCUUGGCAAAGAGGUGAACGAAUGUAGAGAGGAUGAACUGAUGGAACUUCUAAAAGAAGUGCUUCCAGAUCCUGAAGAAUGUGAAAUCUACGCCUUUCACUUUUCUGAUUUCGAAUGGACUGAACUUGAUCUUGUAAAAUGUGGCAUUCAAAUGUAUUAUGAACUUGGAGUGGUGAAAAAAUUCCAAAUUCCACAAGAGGUCCUGGUGAGGUUUGUUUUUUCAGUCAGUAAAGGUUAUCGAAAGAUUACUUAUCACAACUGGCGUCAUGGCUUCAAUGUUGCACAGACUAUGUUCACCCUUCUUAUGACAGGUAAACUGAAGCAGUACUACACUGAUCUUGAAGCCUUUGCCAUGGUCACUGCAGCUUUGUGUCAUGAUAUUGAUCACCGAGGAACCAACAAUCUUUAUCAGAUGAAAUCUCAAAAUCCCUUAGCAAAACUUCAUGGCUCAUCCAUUCUAGAGAGACAUCAUUUGGAAUUUGGCAAAUUUCUGCUCUCAGAAGAGUCCCUGAACAUUUACCAGAAUCUCAACAGGAGGCAGUAUGAACAUGUAAAUCACUUAAUGGAUAUUGCCAUUAUCGCCACCGAUUUAGCACUGUAUUUCAAAAAGAGAACAAUGUUUCAGAAAAUUGUUGAAGAGUCAAAGUCCUACCAGGAUCAGAAAAAGUGGGUUGAAUAUUUGUCUCUGGAAAACACAAAGAAAGAGAUUAUUAUGUAA